AUGUUUUGCUUACGAAGCUGGCUCCCGCUCCUCUUCAUCCCGACCAACGCCUCCCCGGCCUUCAUCUUCCUCUUCUUCGUCUGCACCUACUUCCUCAACAGGCCCUGCAUCUACUGCUCCUUCCUGCUGCUCAUCCUCUUCAUGACCUCGUGCAACUGGUCCGACCGCUGCUUCUUCGACUUCAGCUCCAACUGGUUCCAGCCCCGCCCGGGCGUCUCCUACUUCACCGACGGGACCGCCUCCUUCACCUGCGCCGAGGCCGGGGGCUGCGCCGAGACGGGUGCCGGCGCCGGCGCCGGCGCAGGGGCAGCCGCCCUGUCCGCCGUCGAGAACAUGACCGCCACCGCGAACGCCACUUACCUCGUGGCCAAGGACACCGUCAACGCGACGGCCAACGCGAUGAUGGGCGCCGCCGCCGAGCAGGUCGCCCAGGCGAGGAGCGAGUGGACGGGCAUAGGCAUGGAGUGGCUGAGGAACCUGCUGGGGAAGAGGGAGUGGAGGAUCGAGUGCCUGGACGUCUACAUCCGGCUGUAA